AUGAGCUUUCGGAGUAGUAACACUACUUCUGAAGGCACAGAAUCUGCCCGCCAAAGUGUUCACGAACGCUUAGGCUCAAGGGAGACGGACAUUCGAAGCCAUCUCACCUUCCCGGCGGAAAUUGCAGCUCGUCCCGAACUGUCUCAGCCAGGGACAAAAACCACUUCCACCUCCAUGCGAGGGAGAAGCGAGGUCCCUUCGGCUGAGCACAAGGGGAAAGCUGUAAUGGUCCCCACCAGCUCUCCUUUCCAAAACUGGAUUUUGAAAGAGCAUGUGCCCACGGUAAAAAUACCGGCGCACAUAACUUACGAUGAAGAGUGGAACAAAUCAAAGUCUCAGUCUCGAUCAGGGGCUGGGAAGUUGAGAGGGCCACCGCCCAAAAUUUCGGCGCAAAGGAAAGGGAAGGCUAAGGCCUCAGAACCGUUCUUUUCUCCUGAACCGAAGAAAGAGAAGUACAUUCCUCAUCAGGGAAAGUACGACUCCUACACUCCCCUCACCUUACCGCGUGCUAAAAUUUACAGCACGACGAAGGAUGAAGGGAGGUUCAAGAAGCCUCGUCAGCUGCCUCCAUGGCAUCAACAGAGGGGCAAGGACCAGUGGUGCGAAUUCCAUGACUCUCCUAGGCACCGCACCGAAGACUGCGUACAGCUGAAGGACCAGAUUGAGGACGUGGUCCGAAAGGGGUAUCUGAAAAAAUACCUCGCAGACAGACGCGAGGAAAAAAGUGCCGAAAAAGAUCCUCGACAGAACCUCGAUUUCCCCCGAAAAAAGGACAAAGGACCAAACGACAAGGACUCCCUUGAUAUCUUGGUCAUUUCCGGAGGAACCUCAAGGGGUGCAGCCAAACGCCACAUGAGGGGUCUAACCCGUCAUGUUAAUCAUGCUGAACUCCGGCAACCUCAGUCACCGAUGCCGAACAUCUUGUUCACGGCCGAAGACUGCAGGGGAGUGGUAUACCCUCACGAUGACCCAUUAGUCAUCAUUUUGGGCAUCGCGAACCGCAACGUCUGGCGAACCCUCGUCGACGGCGGCAGCGGAGCGAAUGUUCUCUUUCGAGGGGCGUUUGACCAGCUGAAGUUGGAGGCCAAGCACUUGACCCCAGCACCCUACCCGGUGUCUGGGUUCAACGGCUCUUCAACGUAUCCAGAUGGGAGGAUUACACUUCCUGUCACCAUCGGCUUAGGCCGAACAACAAGGAGCAUCAUGGCCGAAUUCUUGGUCGUUGAUGCCCCUUCUGUUUACAACGUGAUCAUGGGGAGACCCCUUAUUCACGAUGUUCAAGGAGUCGUCUCUACGUAUCAUCAGACUAUGGUAUACGUAUCAGACGAGGGGCGCUCCGAAAAAAUAAAGGGCAGUCAGAGAGAAGCCCGCCGAUGUAAUCAUCUCAAGCCAUCUAAGGUUCGCCGAGACGACCAAGAUGAUGAAGAAAAGAAACAUCGAGACCGAAGUUCCAAAAAACUGAAAGGUUUGGAAACUUCGGCUAACGAAAAUCCCCCUCGUGAAAAAGAUAGAGGGGGACAAAAGACUGAUUCCAAGUCAGAACCGAAAGGCUCUGAUGAUCAGCAACGGUCGGAACAGCCAGCUGAUAUUGACAGCCGGCCAGAGCCAGAAGUAUCCAACUCCAAAAACUUGGAGACGGACAGUCAGACCGAGUCAAUAGAGCUGGCCGAAGGAAAUUCAGAAAGAUGUGUUAGCAUUGGACUGGACCUCGAACUAGAAACCAGAGCUGCGCUAAUCCAACUCCUUCAAGCCAGCGGGGAUGUGUUCGCUUUCUCGGCGAUAGAAAUGCCCGGGAUUGAUCCGAACUUAAUCUCCCACAAGCUUAAUGUCGACCCAACGAGUCAACCCAUUAAGCAGAAAAAGCGGAAUUAUUCCGCCGAAAAGAACCUGAAUAUCACAGCCGAAAUCUUCAUGCAUCCCGAGGAUCGAGCUAAAACAGCAGUCGUUACCAGCUCCGGGGUGUACAAUUAUAAAAUGAUGCCCUUCGGAUUGAAAAAUGCGGGGGCAACAUACCAGAGGCUGGUUGAUCAGGUCUUCGCCGAGCAAAAAGGCCGCAACAUGGAAGCUUAUGUGGACGAUUCAAUUGUCAAAAGCAUAGAUGAAAAAGACCAUUUUACGGACCUAGCCGAAACCUUCGCCACCCUGAGAAAGCACAAUAUGAAGCUGAAUCCGAAGAAGUGUGUCUUCGGAGUGAAGUCAGGAAAAUUCCUCGGCUUCAUGGUCAGCAAGAGAGGGAUUGAUGCUAAUCUUGCCAAAGUACAAGCUGCUUUGGACCUCCCCGAACCGAGAACGAAAAGGGACAUUCAGCGUCUAACCGGAAGAAUGGCCGCUUUGUCUAGGUUCAUCUCAAGAGCCUCGGACAAAGGGCUCCCCUUCUUUAAAGCGUUGAAACUCCAAAGUUCGAAUAACAUCGAAUGGGGGGACGAACAAAAACUUGCCUUUCAGCAGCUCCGUGAUCAUCUAGCUCAGCUGCCAACACUGGCAAGACCAGUUGUUGGCGAGACCUUAUACUUAUACGUGGCGGUUAGUCCGACCGCAGUAAGUGCGGUGCUGCUAAAAGAAGAAGAAAAAAUUCAACAGCCGAUCUAUUUUGUCAGUCACACCCUGACAGAUGCCGAGUCUCGUUACCCCUUGCUUGAAAAAAUUGCAUAUGCGGUAGUGGUAGCAGCUCGGAAGUUAAGGCCCUACUUUGAUUCACACCAAAUAGUGGUCCUAACUGAUCAGCCGCUAGAAAAAGUCCUCGGCAAGGUAGAAAAAUCUGGUAGACUAACGAAGUGGGCCUUUGAGCUAACUGAGUUCAGUAUCAGCUAUCAGCCGAGGGCAGCUAUCAAGGCGCAGGCCUUAGCAGACUUCCUAGCCGAGUGUUCCUACCAAGAGACACUCGAUGAAAGGAAGAAAAUUUGGACUGUCUUUACGGAUGGGUCUUCCACCGUCAAUGGCUCGGGGGCAGGAGUAGUCGUUACCUCGCCCAAAGGCAAAAACUUCGAAUAUGCACUAAAGUUCUCAUUUAGGGCUUCUAACAACGAAGCUGAAUAUGAAGCCGCCAUCGCCGGCUUAGACCUGUGUAUAUCUCUAGAAGCCGAGCAUGUCUGUCUCAAAACAGACUCUCAGCUAGUCGCGAAUCAGAUCAGGGGGGAAUACAAGGCUAAAGAGCCUUCAAUGAUAGCCUACCUCACAAAGAUCAAAUCAACGAUUGCGAAGCUGAGAACAUUUGAAGUUGAGCUGAUCCCAAGGGGUCAGAAUGCUCAAGCAGACGCACUCUCCAAGUUAGCAAGUUCGACUUUGACCGAGUUGAACCGUUCUGUAUAUGUGGAAGUGCGCCGAGAGAAAAGUGUAGCCGAAGCAGUCAAAGUCUGCUGCGCUGCACCAGAGCCAAGCUGGAUGGACCCCAUCCUAGCUUACAAGCUCAGGGAUGAACUUCCCGAAGAUAGGAGGUCCAACAGACGCUGA